AUAAUGACGAUACUAAUGUUGAUCUUUUUUUUGAAGAAUUUGACGAAGAAUUUUUACAAAUUAGUAUUGAGGCGAUAGAUUUUCCUACGAAUAAUGAUUUAGUAUUGGAAGGUUUUUUUGAUAUCAGACCUGAAAACCAAAAUACAAAUGAAGAAAGCUUACCUGUUUUUUCACAAGAAUCUCCCGGUACUGACAAAAAUUG